AGUAGUCAGUUUAUGUGACAAUAAUGCGGUGGUCAGUUCACGCACUUGUGGUCCUGUUUACCGUUAUAUGGCCAGGGAUGGUUAAUGGAACAUACCUAGGCCCGUUUUUGGGAAAAGGUGUGGACGGCGACAGAAGCCCUCUCGUUGACCAGGUCGUUGUUCUUAUCGAGAAGAUCAACAAACAAGAGGAUAGAUUGCAAACUGUGGAGACUCAACUCGCAAAACAUACGAUCGCACUGGUAGAGAAAGACAGAAGAAUAGAUCAUCUCGAACGAGAAUUGGAAUAUUCGAAAUCGAGAGCAGAACCAAUUCAUACUUCACAAACAACUAGAAAUGCAGACGGCAUAUUAGAAGAAAACCAUCCUGACAGGUCAGCAACUAUACAAACUGGACAUGACCGGCAUAUCUUCAACCAAUACAGACAUAGCAUAGCUACACACAACUUGACACAAAUUGACAAACCUUCACAGAAACAAAGCAUCAGCAUCGCCGACCAUCGCCGAGAGAAUGGAAACAUAUUUCUGCCUUUGGGUAAAGCAGGGUUGGAUGUGAUUUUUGAGAGAAGGCAUACGAACCUGAAAUCAUUCGAAAAUGCAAGAUCUACUGAAAAAAGACAAUCUCUGACCGUGAACCAACACAAUAAACGGGUGGAUAAUACGUCUCCUAUAGGUUAUGCCUUCAGCCUGUCUCUGAGUGCAAACACCAAUGUGGUUUUACAGAGUAUAAUCAAGUAUGAUGACGUCAUGCUUGACGAAGGAAAUGGCUACAACCAUGGCAACGGUAUCUACGAAAUACCCACAAGUGGCGUGUACGUAUUUACGUGGACUAUAAUGAGCGGUACCAACAAUGGAGGUAGCAUGUCUACACAUUUAAUGGUUAAUGGAGUGGUGAGAUCUGCUACUGAUGCAGACAGCGAUGCUCAUAACUGGGAAGCUGCCACAGGUCUCAUCGUGACGUCAGUGAGCAAGGGUGACCACGUGUACAUUCUUGCAUACAGUACAGGGCAGGUGAUCAGUGACACAAACAAUAGGUCCACGUUCUCCGGAUGGCGUUUAUUUUAAAAACAAAUAGUUUGUUAUAGCAUGAUUAUAAUAAGCAACCAACCAGUAAAUGA